AUGUCACUGGCCUCGAUAUCGUUCAAUAAAUAUUCUAAAGUUGCCAUUGGAGCAGAAACUCGUGGAAAGACAGCACAAAAUCGUCUACGUCGUGUAGAUCAUUUUGUAAUAAUGUAUUGCCCCUAUUUGAUUAUGAGUGACGAACAUUUUUAUGUUGAUCUUGGUUUUGGUCACACUCCUAUCACUACAUUAGAGAGUGCAAAACGAUUUAGACAGUAUAAUGCUCGAUUACCAAUCCUUGGAAUCGAAAUUGAUAAUAAACGUGUACGAGAAGCACAACGAUUUGUUGAUGAACUUACUUUUUUUCGACAAGGAGGCUUUAAUCUACCCUUGAAAGUUAAUGCCGUCACUGGUCGCAGAGAAACUGUUAAUCUAAUACGUGCUUUCAACGUAUUGAGACAAUAUGAUUUGGAAUCCGAUUGUCGUGAUUCUCAUGCAUUCAUAUGUAAUUAUCUCAAUGUGAAUGGUAUUCUAAUUGAAGGUACAUCAGAUCCAUGGGGCCGUAUUUGGGUAGCGAAUAUUAUACGUAAACAAAUAGAUCACUCGUUAUUAAUUGAAGCAUUAGUAUUUAGUACAAACUUUCGUGAUGGAUUUAAUAUUGUAUCGUUUCAACAAGUUUUACCAAAGAAUUUUAUUCAUCGUAUGACUGGUUCAAAUGAAAUGAUUUACAAUUUUUUCGAACAUUGGAGAAUAAGUUAUGAACAAGUAGGAAACUCAAUGAAAAAUAUAUAUGGUAUUGGAGUUCGACAACAGUUUAUUGCGACAGCUAAACAUCUGGCUGAGGAAUAUGGUUAUCAUAUAAUGACGGAUAAAAAGUUUUUGAAGAAUGGAUUUUUGAUAUGGCUAUUGAAACCAGGUAGCAGAGGGGUUGAUAUCGAUCAAAUUACUUAUCGAACUCAAAGUUCCAGAAAGAAAUAA